AUGCCCCAGAAAAUGUCGUUGACCAACACAAAGACAGGCUUUUCUGUGAAAGACAUUUUGGACCUCCCUGACACGAACGAUGAAGAAGGAUCUAUCACCGGGACUGAGGAAGAUACGGAGGUUUCUGAGGCGACCAAAACGCCAGGAGUGUUAGUGCAAAGUCCUUUAGAGAACGUUCAAAACCUGCCUUUAAAGAAUCCAUUCUAUGAUAAUAGCGACAAUCCUUAUACCAGAUGGCUCGCAACUACAGACAGCAUCCAAUACUCGUUACACGGACUAUCCGCAAACUCUCAAGACUCGUCUGCAAAAUCUCCGGAACCUUCAGCAGACGAAUCGCCGGACAAUGACAAGGAAACUUCAAUCAACGGCAGCGACUCUGGUAAGAAGCGCAAAAGGAGGGUGCUCUUUUCCAAGGCGCAAACUUACGAACUCGAGCGUCGUUUUCGGCAACAGAGAUACCUGUCUGCACCGGAAAGGGAGCAUUUGGCUAGUUUGAUCCGCCUGACCCCAACCCAAGUGAAAAUCUGGUUCCAGAACCACAGGUACAAAAUGAAGAGGGCCCGGGCGGAGAAAGGUAUGGAAGUGAACCAUCUCCCUUCUCCUAGGCGGGUGGCUGUGCCUGUGUUAGUCAGAGAUGGUAAACCAUGCCAUACGCUAAAAGCUCAGGACUUGGCAGCCACUUUUCAGGCUGGAAUUCCGUUCUCUGCGUAUAGCGCCCAGUCUCUCCAGCACAUGCAAUAUAACGCGCAUUACAGCGCCACCAGCACACCACAAUUUCCCGCAGCACACCACUUGGUGCAAACGCAACAGUGGACUUGGUGAACAGUUACUGACUUCGAAAUGGAGGGUUGCAUUUUAAAGACAGCGAUAGGGAGCUUUCCAAACAAAAAUACAAGACUUUUUAUUUUUGCAGC